CAGUUUUUAAUCACGUGAUCCAAGCAUGGUUUUUUUUUUGCUCAUUUGUUACAAGCUUGAAUUUCUAUAUUUGAAUCAUGGCCCAUCGACCAAUUGUUGUUUAUUCAUCUGAUUCAGAUUGUAUGGAAGAUGGUGAUGAUGAUGAUGUUGUCAAUAAUAAACAGCCAAAUCCAAUUUCUGUUGAUGAAUUAAUUAUUCAAGAUAUUAUCGAUCGAAUAUUGAUAAAAGUGCAAAAACGUGUUAUCAUCAAAAAUUCUUUUGGAUCACAUCGCGAACAACCUAUUCAUUAUGAUUCUGAUGAUUCUGGCGAUGAUCAUCUUUCACCAUGGUCCAUUGAUAAUGAUGAAUCGGAUAUUAAUAUCGAUGAUGAUUCUGAUACGGAAACAACGACCAUUGCUUGUAAAACAAAAGGCGAAUUAACAUUUGAUGAACUUCCUAAAAUCGAACGAUUAAAUAUUCAUUCUCCAAUCGAACAGCUGACACAAAUCGGUACGGUUAGUUCAAUUGUCAAUCAAUUGGUUAUCAUCCAAUCAUUUACAACGGUUCAUGUAUUGGAUCUUGAUUCAACUUUAUUCCUCAAAGAUGGUUCUGCAUUAGGACAAAUAUUCGAUGUUAUUGGACCUGUAAGACAGCCAAAUUAUGUGGUUCGUUUUAAUUCACCAAAAGAAAUUCAUGAUAUGAACAUUACGAUUAAUAUGGCCAUAUAUUAUAAUGGAUAUUUUCCCGAACCAUAUACUAAAUAUGUUUUUGUAAAUAAUUUAAUCACAGAAAAAGGAUGUGAUGCAUCAUGGAAAGAUAAUAAUGAACCACCACCAGAACAUCAAGAUUAUUCUGAUGAUGAACAAGAACGAAAAGCACGAUGGAAAUAUCAAGCUAAAUCAAGAAUAAAUCAUGGAAAAUAUGAAAAUUAAAAUGUAAAUAAAAUAAAAUUUAUUUUUAUCAUC